CUCUCGCUUCCUUCUGCUCUGGGGCCGUUGCAGUUGCUGGAAAUCAUCAGGAAGGAGGACGUGGUGCUCAGAGCCAUCCUCACCACCCACCACCACUGGGACCACGCGAAGGGCAACGAGGAGCUGGCGAGGCUCUGCCCCGGCCUGCGGGUGUACGGCGCCGAUGAGCGGAUCGGGGCCCUGACCCACAAGGUGACCCACGACCAGGAGCUGACGUUUGGGGCCAUCCGGGUGAGGUGCCUCUUCACCCCCUGCCACACCUCGGGCCACAUGUGCUACUUCAUGUGGGAGGACGGCUCCCCGGACGCGCCGGCUCUCUUCUCAGGUGACACCCUGUUCGUGGGAGGCUGCGGGAAGUUCUUCGAAGGGACAGCAGAGCAGAUGUACACCAACCUCACCCAAAUCCUGGGCACUUUGCCGAAGGAGACGAAGGUGUUCUGUGGCCACGAAUGCACCGUCCGAAACCUCAAGUUUGCCUUGAAAGUGGAACCAGAGAACGAAAUAGUGAAGAAGAAACUGGCGUGGGCUAAAGUAAGUGGCUCU